AUGACCGUCUUCGCGCCCAUGCUGUCCUGCCCGCUCAAGCAGACCAACGAGAUUGACUGGAUCACCCCAUUGAAACAGUACAUCCGCCAGACCUACGGCGACGACCCCGAGCGCUAUUCGGAAGAAUGCGCCACCCUCAACAGGCUGCGCCAGGACAUGCGCGGCGCCGGCAAGGACAGCGCUGCCGGGCGAGACCUGCUAUACCGCUACUACGGCCAGCUGGAGCUGCUGGACCUGCGCUUCCCCGUCGACGAAAACCACAUCAAGAUAUCCUUCACAUGGUUUGAUGCCUUCACCCACAAGCCCACCUCGCAGUAUUCGCUCGCGUACGAGAAGGCCUCCAUCAUCUUCAACAUAUCCGCCGUCCUCUCGUGUCACGCCGCCCACCAGAACCGCCACGAAGACGUUGGCCUCAAGACCGCGUACCACUCCUUCCAGGCUUCCGCCGGCAUGUUCACCUACAUCAAUGAGAACUUCCUGCACGCGCCGUCCACGGAUCUAAGCAGGGAUACGGUCAAGACGCUGAUAGCUAUAAUGCUGGCCCAAGGCCAGGAAGUCUUCUUGGAGAAGCAGAUCGAGGAUGGCAAGAAGGUCGGCAUGCUGGCGAAGCUUGCCAGCCAGGCCUCUUUUCUGUAUACCCAGGCCGCCGAGGGAGUGCAGGACAAUGUGACCAGAGGUAUCUUUGAGAAGGUCUGGCUGUUGGUGGCACAAGUCAAGGCCAACUAUAUGGCGUCGCUGGCUCAGUAUUACCAGGCCCUGGCCGACAAUGACGCCAACUCCCACGGCGUCGCCAUCUGCAGGCUUCAAUCAGCGGAACAGCAAGCGAAGGACGCAAACAGGAUCGCGAACGCUUUCCCCUCAAGCGUUCCGGCUACUUCAAAUCUGAGUUCCGAGACUGGCGGAAUCCUCAUGGACAUGACGAAACGGCACCUUGUGAACGUCCAGGAGCGCACCGAGGAGUUUUCCAAGGACAACGACUUCAUCUACCAUCAACCGGUCCCCUCCGAAGCAACCCUGUCCCCAAUCCCGAAAUUGCCAGCUGCGAAGGCCAUCCCCGUGAGCGAACUUUACCAGGGCCAGGACAUCCAAAGAAUAAUAGGCCCGGACAUUUUUCAGAAGAUUGUACCCAUUUCGGUUACCGAGCAAGCCAGUUUGUACGAUGAGGAGAAGGCAAAGUUAAUACGGGCUGAGGCCGAGCGCGUGGAAACGGCAAGUGAUGAGAUGGCGGCGAGUCUAGAUUACCUCAAGCUGCCAGACAGUUUGAACAUCCUAAAGGGCGGCAUGGACCAAGAGAUGACCGUCGACGAUGACUUUCGGAAAUGGUGCGAGGAAUUGGCCGGCCAUGCUCCUUUCACAACCGCCUUUGACCAGCUGAGCACCGAGAAGUCAUCGAUUACGGCGAUGCUCGAUACAGCCUCGAAACAGCUGGAUAUGGAAGAGAGCGUAUGUGAGAAGAUGCGGUCGAAAUACGGUGUGGACUGGACGCAACAGCCGAGUGCACGCUUGACGGCAACGCUUCGAAGCGAUAUCAAGAACUACAAGACGGCCAUUGAGGAGGCCAGUAUUAGCGACGCGGCUCUGUACAGCACGUUCCGCCAGCACGAGUCGGACUUCGACGAGAUGCGUUCGGCUGGAGAGACGGAUGAGGCGGACGUGCUAUAUCAGCGGGCAAUGAUCAAAGCGGGUGCGGCUCGUGGCAAGGGCAGGAGUAGCCCCGGCGCUGAGGGUAACUUGUUGGAUGAUGAUUUCGAGGGCGGCCCGAGUGUAGCGGAGCAAAUUGCAGCCGUCGAGGAGCUGCUGAGGAAGCUGAAUUUGAUCAAGCGUGAAAGGCAGCAGGUCCACAAUGACGAUAUCUCCAACGUCCUUAUCCUCAACAAGAAGCAGAUCUCCAACCAGGAGAACCAGCUAUUCAAGGCCGAGCUUGAGAAGUUCCGGCCUCACCAGAACCGGAUAUUGCAGGCCAAUCACAAACAAUCGUCUCUCAUGAAGCAGCUUACACAGACGUACGGGGAUCUCUUGCAGGAUAAACGGGUGCGGUCGGAGCAAAGCAAGUACGAAGCCUUCUCUCGACAGAGAAGCUCUGUCAUGAGCAAAUACCGCAAGAUCUUCCAGGCUUUCAACGACCUCAUCUCGGGGCUCAUGAGGGCGCAGGCGUUUUACUCUGACAUGAAGGAGACGGUGGAGAGCUUGCAGCAGAAUGUCGAAAGCUUCGUCAACAACCGGAGGGCUGAAGGUGGGCAGCUCCUCGGUUCGAUUGAGAACAGAAAGGCAACGGGGAGCAGCGAACAAGCGGACCGGGAGCGUGAGCGGAUGCAGCAACUCAUGGAGCGUAUGUCGGUGGAGCCGUCACGGUCGCCCGUCUCGCAGCAUGAGCGGACCACAUCUCGUCCUUCUCCGUUGCAGCAGACGGCAUCCUACCAGACGUCUUACAAUCCCGCCAGCUCACCACCGGUAACACCACGGUACCCGUCCGUCACGGCUGCGGCCCCAUCAGCAGGCCCCUACGGCGUGCAAUCCCCGCCUAUGCACCACCAGUCAUACCAACCGCAACCCCCAACAAAUGGCAAUGCCGCACCUUACCAACCGCAGCCUCCUCGUCGCGAGUCGUAUCAGCGUGAAUAUAAUCCCAACAACUACGGCCAGAUGUCUCCGCCGGCGACGCAACAGUACUUUUCUCAAGGCCAGUACGGCAGCUACCAGCCCCAAGCUGGUGGCAGCCAGUUGCCGCCAGGCUACAUUCCGCCGCCUCCGCCGCCGGGGCCGCCGCCGAGUCAUCAGAGCGUCGACUAUGCAGGUCUGACUGGUAACGGUGCGGCGUAUCCCAGCGGUCCGGGUGGUUACGCAGCGGGUGGGUAUAGAGCACCAAGCAUGGGCCAGGGGCAUCAGCAGCAAAGCAGCGGGUCGGAUCCGUGGGCGGGACUGAGUGCAUGGAAAUGA